AUGAUUGCAAAAGUAUUAGUCUUUAUGCUCGCCCUGCACAUGUUAACCUUAUCGGGACAGUUGCAUCUUCCAGGGAGCUUAUCAAAAGCACACUAUCUUACCGGAAAUAUUGUCACUGAAGAAAAGAACAAUUUUGAGUAUGUAGAUGUUAAACAAAUGGAAACUGGAAUUAAAUCCGACGGAAAUAAAAACUAUAAUGGGGAUGCCAAUCACGGAGUGAAGAAAGUGAAGAAGAUUAGUCAGUAUAACUAA